AUGGAGCAUAUGAAAAAUACAAGGGCGUCGCCAUAUACGGCAUCGAAUUCAAUUUCCCCCUCCGAGGUGCCUGGAGCACCCGGCAGAUCUGUUUCCGACCUACCGCAGUCCCAAGUUGACGCCAUUAUUCGCACCAAACGGAAAGCCCGUGAGCCAAAAGCUUGUUAUCCAUGCCAUGCGCGCAAGGUGAAGUGUGAUCGGAAUCUUCCAUGCGACGGCUGCGUCAAACGCGACCAUGCAGAUCUCUGUUCUUAUGAACGUCCCUCUAAAAAGCGAUCUCAGGCUUUUCACGAGAGCCCUGUUGGAAGCAGCUCUGCCUCUGCCAACAUAGACCACUUUGCGCAGUAUGGUUAUGAUGACAGUACCACGAAUAUGAAGUACGAGCCCAUGUCUGUACCGACCCGAUCGAAUGGAGCCAACGCAGGUGGCCGGGUCUCGAUUGCGCGAGACGAAUGGGAGAAUGUGCGUAACCGGCUUCGGGAAAUGGAAUCGACUAUAUCGAAUCUACGCAUGGGUCUUGAACGGGCUGAAGAGGGACCUGCAGUGGCGGCAGAAUCCGGAAGUGUACAGAGCGGCGAUGUGGGUUCCCGUUCCAAGGGUAACUCCCCAGAUCGCGAGGGUAUUCAUGCAGCAAAUACUCUUGGCAAGGGAACUAUUCAUUUGGGGUCACGCUCCGUUUUGGCUUAUAUCCUUAAUAACAAAACUGGGACGGAUCAGCUUUCGGCUCUAAUGGAAGGCGGAAUAUUGCCCAAGUUGGGACUUGACAACGAAUCUGCGACCUAUCCGUUUGUGGAUUUGUGGUCGUCGGAUAUGUCAACUUUUGACAUAAGCGCAGUUUGCAGUGCGCUCCCGACAGAUCAGCAAUGUAGAGAGUUCUUUUACUAUUACAGGGACAUCGCGGGCGCGAUAUAUCCCGUCGUCGAAGAUGUUCAAGGAUUUGAAAACGAUCUUGAAUUGCUUUUGCAAACCAGGAUCACUUCAGGUGGAGUCUAUCGAGAAGACGCCGACGAGGCACAAAAUCCUUUCGGAGUGAGUAUUCCUUACUUGGGCUUAUUGUUCGCUAUUUUGGCAUCUGGGUGCCAAUCAUCAGACCUUGGAAGCAAAGAUCGAGAAUUGACUUCUCAAGUCUACGUGUGCUGUUCUUACCAAUGCCUCCGUAUGUCGAAUUUCUUAUCCCAACCAACAGUCGAAGCAAUCCAAACGCUCCUCGUGAUUGGAAAUGUCCUGUCUUACAAUAUGAAUCCUGGAAUCUCAUAUGUUUUGUUGGGAAUGACUCUUCGAAUGGGGCUGGCCCUCGGUCUACACGUCGAGUCCAGCAAAUUCCAGUCGCUAGAGAAGUAUCGUCGCCGCUAUGUUUGGUGGUCCAUGGCUUGGCAAGAUAGCCAUUUCUCUCUCUCCUACGAUCGCCCCUCUACCACUGCCGUCAGUCAACCAGAAAUACCAUAUGUUGACGGCUCCAGGCCAGGAAACCUGUCGUAUUUUGAAACUCUUUGUCAGGUCAUAUCGCUAGCUCUUGAGGUUGUUCGUAUUCGCAUGCUCAGCCCUCACGAGCAAAUAUCAUUCGACAGCAUCCAAGGCUACAAGGAACGAAUCCGAGAUGUCAUGGUCAAGGCAAAACCUGCUCUACGUGAUGCCAAGCUAUGCACCACGUUAACAGAACAUUUGGAGCGGAUUGUAUUGAAAUUGCACUCAUCCUACAUUUCCUCCGAGCUCUGCCGGCCAGCGCUCAAACCAUCAAUUGAUCCAAAUGACUCGGAUACAGCUAGCAUGCGCAGGGAUUGCGUAUCCAAUCUAAUGACCACGGUGGAAGCCUAUAUCGAGCUCCAUAAUGUCAGCACUCACGCUGCUCGAUCAUGGAUUGCAUUACAACGAGCAAUCAGUUCUGCUUUCUUGCUAGCGGUUAUUGAAGAGGCUAAAUCUGAUCCAAACGUAUGGCACCUUUUGCGACAACUGGAGGGUAUCAUUGCCCAGCGAGCUAGCAACGAGAGAGCCUAUGAUACCGAUGAUCCUGCUACUGGUAACAUGAACACUACAGCCCAGGUGAUGGGUAGCUAUGAUCCCAUUACGGGCACAACGAAUCCCCCGGCCUAUGUUGCACCUGUUAUGGAUCCUACGUCCCCUGCUGUCGCCCCUGAAGCACAAACUCAAUGGGCAAAGUCGCUCGCGAAAACCCACCGGGCCCUUCAGAAGCUUCUUGUGGCGUUUGGAAACCAACACCAGCGAUCCAGAAAUUCUCGCAGUCCCGCAUACAUGUCUCAAUCUAAUCCAAACCCACCCGCGAUGGCCAUGGGUGCAUAUGGAGCUCCUGGCUCGGCUGGUAUGACACCAAGUGUUGCAUCUCUUCCACCCCCAACACCAGAAAGCUCGGGCAGUGGUGAAUGGACACUGCCUAACAUCAUGGAUCGUGCACAGGAAUACAUCCACCCGCCCCUUUGGGGUUAG